UUUGGAAUCUGGCGCUUGCUUUAUCGAGGUCGUUUUUCGUCAAUUUUCAUUGUAUAUUCGACAUUUUUAUUCAAACAUGUCGAAAGGUAGAGGAAGAGGGCGAGGAUCGGGUCUUUCCUUUAAUAUUGAAGCGAUAGGAUUUGGAAGAGGCGAUGCGUUGCCGACGUCUUUGCUUCAACCACCUCCUGAUUAUCCCCCAUUGAAAAAGCGACCUGUACCGCUUUUGACAGGGGAAGAUCAAGACUAUUUACUUGCCUUGCAAAAAAACUUUGAAAAGACAAUGCGGGAUUCACCAUAUUAUAUUAAAAAACAAGAAGAAAAAAACUUUUUAGACAGAUAUUCAGAUAAAUAUCGAAUUAGCAAUCAUUCAGAUAACGAAUUAGGAUGGGAACCAGAUUGGAGUCGAUUCCCAGCAGAAUUAAAAAUUGAAAUGAAAAGAAAACGUAAAGCAAGCAAAAAAAUUGCACCAAAAUUAGUCGAGAAGAAAAAAGCGGCGUCUGUUAACGAAGAGGAGGUGAAGAAAAAGCUCGAUGAGCUUGAGAAAAAAGAUCAAAAUCCAGAAGCGCAAAAGGCAGGAGACGCAAACGAUACUGAGUCAGAAGUCGAACUUGAAAUUGACGAGGUUGAUGAAGAUGAAGGAAAUGAUUAUUUAACCUCAUACUUUGAUAACGGAGAAUCUUAUCUUGAUGAGGAAGAAGAUACAUUAGAUGAUAAGGACGGAGGAAUCUAUUGAUUGGUCAAAUUUUUCUUUUGAAUGAAGUACUCUGAAACAGUGAACUUACCCGAAAAUAAUGGAAAUUGAUCUCGAAGCGACUACCAAAGUGUGAAGAGGUGUCAAAGAGGUACUAAUUUAUCAUAGCAUCUUGUUCCACUGACUUGAUCAUCGGAAAUAGAUUGUUCCUUGUUUUCCAGGUAGUGAGCAGGCAGAGUUGGAAUAAAUAAUAAGAUGAAUGUAUGGGUGUGAUUGGGAUUUCUAGAUAAUAUAAAAAUAUUUUUGUGAUUUUGUUGAUGUUUUAAAAGGAAUGUUGAGUAGAAUUUUCCAAGCUGAACUUCGUAAUCAAGUUCACCAAAAGUAUUUUUGCUCUUUAUUCAAAAAUCAAUGAAUUUGAAUUUUUUGUGCAGUUAAAUAAUGGUUUAUGCUUUUAAUAAAGAUAAGACUUCAUUUAUUAUGAUUCACCUUACUCUUUCAUGUUUAUAAGGCCAAUCUGCUUUAUAUUAAUCAAUUGCUCUUCUUCACGAUAAGAAAAAUACUAAAGAAUGAAAUAAUUCUAGCUGAUCAGUUUUCAUUGAUUUUCAAUAGUAGAGGAAUCCGAAUGAAACUAUGAUAGACUAAACCAGGGAUGCACAACCCAAAUGAGGAUAUGUGCCAUAUUUUUCAAAAUAAUCUUGUCGUGUGCCACACACAAUCGUUGGUAUUGUAAACGAACUCCCGUAAAACACACAUCAAACAAAUUUGAAUAAUAGUACAUAAAUCUGAAUGACUGCUCAUUUGAAGACGUUCUUGUAUUCGAAGUGCAAAGUGAAUAUAUUAUAUUCGAGUCAUGCAGUAGUCUCUUUGGUGUGAAUGAAUAUGCCGGUUUAGAUUAUUACGACAUAAACACACCUUAUCACCAUCAACGAUAUGUGGAAAAUCACGUUUCACCUACUGGUACUUAACUGCUCGCUACUGUAGGCUUGCCUAACUAUUUAUUUUCAGCUACUACCUUGCAAUUUGUAGAUAAACAUGACCAUUCAAGUGUCUUUCGAUAUAAACAUGAUUUUUUUUAUGUAUAUCAUGAAUAUUUUUUUGUUUUUACAAAAUCGUUCGUUUUCUAUGUUCAAGUGUAUGUCGUGCCAUAUUCGGCACGCGUGCUUCAUGUUGUGCACCCCUGGACUAAACUAUAAUUUAAGAUAUGUUCUUUUCAAUGGAUUGUCAUAUAUAGAAUUAUUUCUAAUGCUCAGUUCAUUAUUAUGUAUCGCAUUUAUUUAGAAUAUUUAUUUAUUAUUUUGGUAUAUUUUGUUCAUUAAAAUAGUAGCAAAAGCUGACUGACAACUUGAAAUAAGUAAAAUAAAAUUGUUCCAUCUAUCUUACUUUUCUCCCAAAUGGGUUAACUUUUUUUUCGGGUAUUUUCUCAAAGCAGAGUCAUACUCAUUUUUGUUGUAAGGAGACGAAUUCUUGAAAGAAGUUACAGGCAGGCACUGAAAUUCCAAGAGCUAUUAAAAGUGAAACUAUAGAAUUAUGGUGGUACUUUACGCAUCAGUAAAUACGAAUAUAUUUAUUGCAAAUAAGUAUGAAAUUAUUUUUGAAUUACAG